AGUCGUAAUGUGUCUAUAUAUAUAACUCAAUUAAUUUGUACACACUCCCUACUAGUAAUAGACACACAUGUGUAUGUAUCUAUAAUAUUGAUUAGAAGAGGAAACGCUAUUCAAUUUGUUAUAUUCAUUCUGGAUUAAGCAAAUUGAAACUGUAAUUGUAAAGUGAUAUUAUCUAUUGUCAGAUUUAUUUUUGGAAAUUACUUCCUGUUUUUAUCAAUAUUUAUAUUACUGAAAAAUAAAAUCAUAGAGGGGUGGUAACUCUUAGAAAACAGUGACGAUAUUUUAUAAACAACUGUAUGUUGAAAUUGGUACGGAGUUCCUCUACAGUUGGUGUGGCCGCAGCAAGCAUGCAUAAAUUGUACAAAACGAUAGAAAACGAGGUAGAAGAACCUCUUCAAGGAACUGUCAAAGGUUCAAUACCUGUAUGGAUAAAAGGUAGUCUAUACCGGAAUGGUCCGGGAAUGUUUGAGGUCGGGGAGCACAAGUUCAAACACUGGUUUGAUGGCAUGUCAAUGUUACAACGAUUCCACAUCUCGGACGGAAAGGUUACAUAUCAGAGAAAUUUUUUAAGAAGCGACACAUUUUUGAACAAUACAACUUCUGGCAGGAUCACAAUCAAUGAGUUUGCUACUGCAGCUAGCCCGGAUCCCUGCAAGAACAUAUUUCAGAGAUUUUUGACAAUAUUUGAAACAGACGAUAUGACUGAUAACACACUUGUCAAUGUUUUCCCGCUAAAAGACGAGCUUUAUACAACAACAGAGAUUAAAUAUCUUAACAAAAUAGAUCCAGAAACACUUGACAGAACUGAAAAGGUAGAUUUGUUGGAAAAGGUCGGAGCUAACUUGUCUACGGCUCAUCCCCAUUGGGACGAGGAAGGAAACAUGUACAAUAUUGGACAUUCAUUCAAACGUGGCUUGUUUACAGUUCUUACCAAAGUGCCAGCAAAGAAAGAAGGCGAAACUGAAUUUCCAGCAGGCGAGAUCGUAUUCAAGACACAAUCGCCAUGGAAAAUUCAUUUUAACUACUACCAUAGCUUCAGUAUGACGGAAAAUUAUUUUGUUUUUGUACAGCAGCCACUAUUGUCAAAUGUACCGAAAAUUCUAUUAGGCAGAAAGACAGGAUAUGCUUUUGCUUCGUCCCUGACAGGCUAUCCUGAAAUUAAGAAUCGGUUCAGAAUAGUCGAUAGAAAAACCGGAGAAGAAAUAAAUGCCGAUCACGUGAUCGAAUCAGACGCAUUUUUAUAUUUUCACCAGAUAAAUGCAUAUGAAGAACAAGGACACGUCAUAGUUGACAUAUCAUGCCACGAAGACACUAAAGUAUUAGAACGUUUCUACAUGAAAAAUCUUACUUCGAAGGAAUAUGAAGAAAAUCUGAAGAACACUAAGGAACCUGAACCAAGACGAUAUGUCAUUCCUCUGGAUCUCGGAAAAGAAGAAAAAGGAGGGGAUAUGGUAUCGUUAGAGCAUACUACUGCAAAAUGCAAGAAGAUUGACGAAAAAACAUUUCAUCUCCAACCAGAAAUUUUGGCUGACAUUGGGUUAGAAUUUCCACAAAUAAACUACAGAAAGUACAACACCAAAAAAUACAGAUACAUAUAUGGCGUUGCUUUUCGACAUAAGAAAAAUCCAUUAACCACACUUGCAAAAGUUGAUGCCAGCGCAAAGAAGUAUAUAGAAUGGGAAGAAGACAGAUGUUAUCCAUCGGAACCUGUGUUUGUAGCUAAACCUGGUGGUGCUUCUGAAGAUGACGGUGUUGUGGUUGCAGCAGUGAAUCGUGUUGGAGAAGGUGAUGACGACAAUUCAUGUUUUCUACUGGUUCUUGAUGCAAAGUCAUUCACUGAAAUUGCUCGAGUAGAAUUUGAGGGAAUUGGACGAUUUCCAUAUGACUUUCAUGGAGUAUAUGCGGACGAUAAAAGCUUGAAAAAGAAAUAACAUUGUUGUUUAAAUUAGCAUAUUUCGAUUGUGUUGUCAAUGACAAAAGAACAAAUGAGAACAUGGGAUAUAUUCAAGCUGUUAUUCAAGCUGUUUCAGCGAUUGUUUCACAGCAAAGCAAGAAUAAGACCUGUUUAUAAUCCUGAAAGGACUGACUGAGUAUUGAUUGUAAAAUAGAUUUUUGUCCUAGUUUAUCACCUUAGGUGAAAAGAUUAUGUAAUAAUAAUACUGUUUGUUGUCAUAUUAUCUCAUUAUGUCAAUUUUGCAUCAAACUAACCCAUUGAAGUUUGAGAAAACACACAGCCUUAUCUUUAUGCAGUCCAUUCCGGUCAGAAGUAACGGGUCAAAACACAUUAUUCAAGGAACUUAGAAAAUUACGCGAUGUGCAGGGCGUCGUGAUGCUGUAUGCUUGAUGUGGGUUUUUUCGUGUUUUUCUUAAACAAUCAUUAACCGAUAUAAACCAGGGUUAACGUUGGU